GCGAAAGCUUCUUCUAUUCCGUCACCAACCAUCUGAACCAUUUGAACACCGCGUGUUAUCAGUUGUUACGCUACCGCGUGGAGUAUGCUGUAUGUCAAUUACUGAGGUUCUGAUUCUCCCAGUUCCCUGAAUUUUUCAGAUGUUUGUCAUUUAUGAUAUUAAAGCACCUAAUAAUCCUAAUGCUUUUCUCUCCGUACAGCGUUUUCACUCGCUCACUUUUUAGAAGUCCAUUCGAAGUCUGUCAUACAGAGCUUUACUUUUGAGUACAUACAGUAAAAAACUUAAUCAAAUAUGUUCUUGUCGUCUUAAAUUCCUAACUUAAAUUAAAAUUACUCAUUACAAAGGUCUAAUGCAACUGGUGACCCACUUAUAGGACUGUUUUUUCCAUUUUAAUUUUGGAAAAGGAGCCUUCCAGAUAAUAUAGACAGAAAGCACUAAGAAUUUACCGGACUGAUGGACCGAUCACAAGUUACAAAAAGCACUGUAAAGUAUUAUUUGAAUCGCGUGCAUUGCUUGUCGUCUAUGACAGAUAUUGAAGAGAAAAACAAUUUUAUACUAAAUACGUUUUUGGCAUUUCAAAAAGAUGGUUGGACAAUAGCACUACACCCACAAGUAUGCAGGUGUUUAGAAGAAUUAAUUGCAGAUGCAAACGUGGAAUGCAUUGCUUUCUUGCUAAAAAUUCUAUCCAAAAGUUGGAAUCGAGUAAUCGAUAGCAAGUUCGCAUACCAUUUGCUUCACAAGGCAUUGUUUAAAUGUCAAACAGAUGAAUAUAAUACCGACGAAUUGAUUGUUGAUCUUAUACAAAGUUUCUGUACUCAUAUGAAAGAAAAUCUGUCAGUCUAUAUAAGCAAUUCUCAUGCAACGCAUACAUGUCGCAUUUAUCCACAAAUUUUAGCUGGAGUUCGUUUAGAAAAGGAUAAGAAAACAAAUACUUAUAAGUCAGCUGUUCAACUUGUCACACCGUACGAUGAAAACUAUAUUCAGUCACUUAAGGAGUUGUGUAAAGAGUUCUUAUUUACGAAAGCAUUGAAAAAUCAUGUGGUCAACGAACACCUCUGUCCAUUUAUUCAAGUAUUAUUGCUUGUCGCAUCAGCUCGUCUUUCUGAUGUAUUUACGAAAAAGUUUAAAAAGGUUAUGAAAUAUUCUGGUUUGUUUAGUCCGAAUUUAAAAGAAGACGAUUUAGUUAAAAGAUAUCUUGAUGCUAACCCAGUUGCCACUUACUUCACUGAACUUCUCGUGGAGGUUAUGCCAGGAGCGAAUUUCGCAAAAUUUUUAAACAAUCAUAUUUUAUCAGAGUGCUCACUCUCUUUGAAUAGCAAUGAUUCAAAUCCCGUAACAUUAGCAGACGUUCUUAUGUCAAGUCCAACAGCCAGUCGUGUGUUACGAGCGGUCAUUCGACGUUUAGUAAAACCAGUGGAUAUUAAAAACUUUUUCACUGUUAUUUUGUCGUGCAAAAGUAAUAAAUUCGGGCUACGUAGCGUUAUUCCCAGCAAACAGUAUGGUGUAUUAACAGAUUUGGCUGAUUUAUGUAUAAGGCAUCCUUCUGAAGAACUUCAACGUACAUUCCUACGAAUGAUACCGUCGAUAUUUGGUUUUACUGAAAAACGUUCUCUUUCAACAUCUGGAGAUUUAUUCAUUCGUUGUCUUGUUGGAAUGAUAUCACUCAGUGAAUUAAAUGAACAUAUCACUAACAAUCAGUCAAUACAAGAAAAAGAUAAUAAUCAACACUUUGACAAUAAAGAAGAUCUAGUCAAUCCAGUUACUGUAUCAGGAUGUCUAUUUGUUGAAAGUUUAUUUAAAUUUAUUUAUGCUCAUCCUAUUAAAGUGAUUAAUAGUCUGUUAAGUCAAUCCUCUAAACGUUUAAUUGCAUGGGCACAACAUUAUCAAUUAUCAAGAGUAUUAGAAGCUUUCAUUUUAUCAGAAUCUGUAAUUAAUGAGCUUAAAAUUGGAUUAUUCAAGUCUUUAAUGAAUGGCUUCUCUAUUUUGGCAUGCCAUUCUUGUGGUAGUCAUGUCAUUGAAGCAUUAUGGACAGCUACAAAUACCUUACCUCAACCAAUAAUUUAUAAAGAAUUAAUGGCAGAACAAUUAACUAAUAUUGUUAAUCAUCUUCAUUCACAUAGAUAUGGACAUUUUAUUUAUAAAAAAUUAUCUUUAGAAUUAUAUCAGAAUGAUAAAACUCGUUGGUUAACUGUUAAUAAAUCAACUCAUGCAAUCAAUAAUAAACGAUAUGCCAUUGACAAUUCACAAAAUGUUAAACGACCACGAAAAUCACUCAAGUAGCUUUUGUACAUUAAAUGUAAUAUACAAUGAUUGUUAUCAUUAUUGUAUAAAAACGAAGAUGAAAGCUGUAUCAUAUUUUCUAAAAUACAAAGAGAUGAUCAUUUCUUCUGAUG